AUGGAUUCUAAGACCAUAUGCCGGACCAAAGUCCGUGAUGUUCCAGAACCCAUCAAAGUUCCCUCUAUUUGGUCGAUUACUAAAUUUGUGCCAACUAGGGAAUGUUGGCAGAGUGAUUUGCUGAAUUUUUCACUGGUUCCUGAUCCGGAAGAUGAUCAUCAGAUAAAGGAAUGGGAAAGGUUUAUGCGUUACCUUUGUUCAAGUGGGAAGGACGGUAUUGUUAAAUUAAGGUCUGGCACCUUCUACAUUCUUGCUCCUAAACCUCGUUCCUUCUCUCAUGUGGUGAUCUUGUAUGAAACUGGCCUGAACGAGACUGGAGUCUACAAAAACAGGGCAGGGAUGUCUGGAAGAUCCAAUGGAAAUGAGGAGAUUUGUGAUAACAAACCACAUUCUAACCUAGCAGUGACCAAGAGAACAUCUACUCCUACAAGAAAUUUUGUCAGCACAGACCCUAAUUAUAUACGAACACUUAGUCAGACACAUGCUGGCUGGAUAUUUGGAGCAAUAGCAGAGCUCAUUGAUAACUCAAGAGAUGCUGGUGCAUCCAGCUUGGACAUUUCCAUCCAAUAUAUGUUUUCAAAGCAAGCAGAUGAAAAAGUUCCAGUCUUAUGUGUAGUUGAUAAUGGGCAUGGAAUGUCCUAUGCUCAAAUGAUGAGAAUGGUCUCGUUUGGUCACAAGCGACCAGAUGAACACUGCAAGGAUCAGAUUGGGACGUUUGGAAUUGGAUUCAAGACUGGUGCUAUGAAACUUGGGAGAGAUGCUGUUGUGCUUACCCAAACUUCAACUUCCAGAUCAGUUUCCUUCCUAUCGCAGUCUUUUAAUGAAAAUAAAGAUAAACUUGAGAUUCCUGUGGUGACAUAUUGCAAGAAAGGGCAGUACAUGGAAGUAGACCAGAAUACCCAGUCUGAAGUUACGGCAGAAUAUAACCUGAAUGCUAUCAAGGAAUUCUCUCCAUUUAACGAGUACAUCAUUGGAGAAAAGGUGGCUUUAUUUGGUGAAGAGGGCACUGGCACACAGGUUUAUAUAUGGAAUUUGGACAGAUGGGGUAGAGAUUACACCUUGGAGUGGAAUUCAGAGAAGACUGGUGGAAAUUCUUCUGGCCAGUGCAAUGGAGACAUAUUAAUCCGUUCAAAAAGGGUCCGAUCUCGCCCAGGACAAACACUUGGAAAUGUACCAUUGGAUUAUUCACUUAAAUCUUAUUUAGAAGUUAUGUUCCUGAACCCUCAGAUGAAAAUCACUGUCCAAGGGUGUCCGUCUUACAAACGAGUUGGAGGUCAAAAGCAUAAUGCUGACAUGGGGCGUGGAAUAAUAGGAGUUGCAGAUAUUACAGACCUCAUUGAUGAUGCAAAUGGUAAUACUUGGGUUCUUAACAGUAAACAAGGGUUUCAAGAUUGUGAGAUAUAUGCCAAACUGGAGGAGUGGCUUGGUAGAAAAACUGAUGAAUACUGGGAUACAAAUUUUGACUGUCUUAAUUUGUGUCGUAAGUUUUGCCAGUUGCCACCUUUCAACGGGAGAUGUGCGAUUCCAGAACAACAAAUGGAUGUUGGUGUGAUUACAGUUGCCGAGAACAUAUCUGGCCACAAUAAGGCAGCCCAGCCGGAGGUUCCAAGACUCAGGCAAGAUGAAGAUGUGAAGAAUGUCAUGUUAAUUCAACCAGCUGGCAACCAGGGAAAGAGAUCUUCAGACGCCACAAGCUCUGAAGACUCCUCGCAAGCUGAGUCUGGUACCGUUCAACACCCUUUGAAGAGGCUGUCUAGGGGUCCAAGAGUAGGGCAAGAGAGGGAGAACGAAAUGGAAGCUGCAGCCAUAGUGGUUAAACUGCUCUGA